AUCCUAACUUACUCUUGCACUCAUGUCGAAACAAUUUCAGUUCAAGCUCGUCCUCCUUGGCGAAUCUGCGGUCGGAAAGUCAAGUCUCGUCUUGCGAUUCGUCAAGGACCAGUUCGAUGACUACCGGGAGAGUACUAUCGGAGCGGCGUUCUUAACGCAGACGGUUGCUCUCGAAGACGGUACCAGUGUUAAGUUUGAGAUAUGGGAUACUGCCGGCCAGGAACGUUACAAGUCCUCGGCACCAAUGUACUACCGUAAUGCCAACUGCGCAGUCGUAGUGUACGACAUCACCCAAUCUGCGUCGCUGGAGAAGGCGCGGUCAUGGAUACGAGAACUGCAACGCCAGGCCGACCCCUCGAUCAUCAUUGCGCUCUGCGGCAACAAGUCCGAUCUCGCGGUACGGCGGCAGGUCUCGCAAGAAGAAGCCAAGAAAUACGCUGAGGAGGAGGGCCUCAUGUGGGGCGAGACUAGUGCCAAGUCCGGAGAGGGUGUUAAUGAGAUAUUCACCGAGAUUGCCAAGAAGCUCCCAAAGACAGCACCUCCAUCGGCUCGAGCUGGUGGUGCGCGAACGGGUGCUGCUCGUACUGGUGUUGACCUCAACAAGCAGGCGACCGCCACCGGCGGUCAGAAUGAGCCGUGCAGCUGCUGAUUUCCCUUUGCCCCUCUCUCCUCUGGCACUCUUCUUCUAAUGCCCAUGCGGUCUUCUCAUUGUAUUCUAUAUCUUCUAUGCGCAGUAGAUUUCACUUGACGCAGUCCCAUUCUCGGAUCGAAGCUUACAUCCCAUUCCUUACAACAUUUCUGGACACGCUACGAUCGUACAUUUCUGGACACUGCAUGUGAUAUAUAUCUUGAGCACCGGUGGGAGUCAGAAUCCAGCUGCCUCCAGCCCCUUGCGCAAGUCUGCGCUCGCCCGCUCCGCGCGCUGCACCUCCUCGCUCUUCUCCCAGAAGGUCAUCUGGUCGAUGCCCGACGCCAAGACGAGGUUCGUCUCGAUUUGAUGCAUGACCGAAGGGUCUUCCUCGAACAUGUACGGCUUGCCCCGGUGGCAGAAUAUCGCGUCAAGCACGUUGGUCCACUUACGCCGCUUGACAAAGUUGAACAGCCGUUCCGAGCCGUCGGCCGUCGUGACCAUGCUGUCGCGAUACUGCUCGUGCAUGUGAACGAUGUCGGUCAGAUAUGGGCCUAUGAACGGGAUACAUGGUCCGUCCUGAGGCCGCUGGAUCUGUCGAAAGGCUUGAAAGUUUCCUGUGGGCUCGUUGAGCUUGGCCAGCGCCUCAAGAUGCGCUGACCGCUUGG